UCUAACGCAAAAAGCCGACGGAACGAAUUGUAUAUGGUUUUAUGAAAAAAAUGAGCACACCGGCGAAAAACAAUGGAACCGGGCUGGAGGACGUCAACAUACCUGGCCAGGCGUACCUGCGCGAGGCCCUCACCUCCUGCACGGAUCCCCUGAAGGCCAUUGAGAGUUUCCAGCUGGAGAACGGCGUGCUGCUGCCUUCGUUGCGACCGAUGUUGCCUCUGCUGGACCUGCACGGCGUGCGCCGUCUGGACUUCCACACCUCGCUGAUGGAGGAGCUGCGGGACAAGCUGAUAGCGCACAUCAACGAGAUGGGCCAGAAGGAGCCACGCGAGCGUGACAAGAAGCUGAAGGAGCUGCUGGUGAAGAGCUUCCCCGUGGUGCGGGUCAAGUCGCUGCGGCCGGUGGUAAUGGCCAUUUUGCGCAACACACAGCACAUAGACGACAAGUACCUCAAGAUCCUUGUGCGUGACCGGGAGCUGUAUGCAGAUACGGACACGGAGGUGAAGCGUCAGAUCUGGCGCGACAACCAGUCGCUGUUCGGCGACGAGGUGUCACCGCUGCUGUCGCAGUAUAUCCGCGAGAAGGAACACAUCCUGUUUGACCACACCAACCUCAACAAUCUGUUCUUCCAGCCCACGCCCAAGGUGCGGCGGCAGGGCGAGGUGGUGCAGAAGCUGGCCAACAUGAUUGGAACCAGCGUGAAGCUUUACGACAUGGUGCUGCAGUUCCUGCGUACGCUAUUUCUGCGUACCCGCAACGUCCACUACUGCACACUGCGCGCGGAGCUGCUCAUGGCCUUACACGAUCUCGAGGUGCAGGAGAUUAUCUCGAUAGAUCCCUGUCACAAGUUCACCUGGUGCCUGGACGCUUGCAUUCGCGAGAAGAACGUGGACAUUAAGCGUUCGCGUGAGCUGCAGGGCUUCCUUGACAAUAUCAAACGUGGCCAGGAGCAGGUCCUGGGUGAUCUCUCCAUGACGCUGUGCGAUCCGUACGCCAUCAAUUUUCUGGCCACCUCGGCCAUCAAGAUACUUCAACAUCUGAUCAAUAACGAGGGCAUGCCGCGCGACAAUCAGAUCCUCAUCCUGCUGCUGAGAAUGCUGGCCUUGGGCCUCAGCGCCUGGGUGAUGAUCGACUCCCAGGACUUCAAGGAGCCGAAGCUGGACUGCCAGGUCGUUACCAAGUUCCUGCCUGCCCUCAUGUCGCUAAUGGUGGACGACCAGUGUCGCAGCCUGCACGCCAAGCUGCCGCCAGACGAGCGCGAGUCCGCGUUGACAACCAUUGAGCACUCGGGCCCAGCGCCGGAUGCCGUGGAGGCGUACAUACAGGAGAGCUCUGUGGCCAGUAUUUUGGCCAUGUACUAUACACUACACACGGCACGACUGAAGGAUCGUGUCGGUGUACUACGCGUCCUGGCCAUUCUCUCAGCCUGCAAGGACGAUCGGGCUUAUGAGGAUCCCUUCUUGCACUCACUGAUCGCACUGCUUAUCCCAAUGAGCGAAGAGUUCGCCACAGAGGACUUCUGUACGACCCUCUUUGACGAGUUCAUCUUUGCCGGACUGACGCGCGAGAACGUUACCUCCAGGCACAUGCUGAAGCUGCUGUGGUAUGUGCACAACAAAAUGCCAGCCGGACGACUGGCCACCCUGAUGAAGGCCAUGCAGCCAACGACGGCGCACAAUGAGCACAUCCACAAGCUGUACGAGACGCUGCAGGAGCGCAUUGGCACCGGGGCAGCGGAGACACCGGUUAUUGAGGCACCACCAAUUGAGUUCGAUUCGCCCCUAAAGAGUGUUCCAACGCCGGGUCCGCAUUAUGCUGCCCAAUAGCCAGAGGCGACGGCGGUUGCGGCCACCGCAACUGUCGUCGGAUGAUCAUCGUUUAUCUUUUUUUGGUUAAAUCAAUCCCCCUUCAGCGUAAUUAUAUUGUUUAGAGUCUACAUCAAGUUCUAUGGCCGAGCUAAUCGGAUAUUAUAUACCUUUACAUAUACACGUACAUAUUUACAUAUGUACGGCUUUGUUGGCGCACAAUCCAUUUGUUGUCGCGACCGAUUAUAAUAUUAUAGUAUAUAUACGCUGUUACGCUAGUGUAACUUUCGAUUAUAGUGCAGAAUAAAUAGAGUACAAA